UAGUGUAUUUCGGUUUGGGCGAGAAAAUUCAUUUACUUCGCCGCUGCAUUUUACACAGUAGACAGAAAAUAGAAAAGCUGAAAUGUCUCGGCGGCGCCGCUGCUGCUCCGACUGCAGCGUUUUCGGAUACCCAUUCCGACAUUCUUAUUAGAGAAUCGUAGGCAGAUGAUAGACAUUUGAAGUCGGGCUUAUUAUUUCCGGAGGUGUAUAAAGGGGAUGCCAACAAACAUAGGGUCCCUCCCCACAGACCUAUUGUUCGAAAUCCUCCUCCGUUUGCCGGCCGAUCAUCUCUACGAGAGAGUGAGGCUCGUGUGCCGGCGGUGGUACCACAUUAUCCAUUCUCAUGCCUUCAUCAACGCGCAGAUGCACGGUGCUACCUGUGGACUCCUCCUAUCACCCCUAAAUGAUAAUAAUACUCUGCCACUUUAUGUAACAGCUGACGCAGAUGGUGGAAUCCACACAUCUGAGCUAAAUCACAUCUCCAAAUUGGGAGUUCUUGCUACCUGCAACGGUUUGGUUCUGGAGUUGGACGACAGACGCUUCCCUCGUCUUGUGAAUCCUACAACAAAGCAGUCAUUCCUCCUCCCUCGAGGCGUGUCCUAUGCCGUGGUCGAGUAUGGUUUUGCAUACUCUGCAGCUUCCUUGGUGUGUAAAGUGAUUGCACAGCACAAUGUUUUCCACUCGCCACCACGCCUACAAAUCGACUACGGUCUUGACGUGCUCACUGUUGGAGUCGAUGAGUCCUGGAGGAAGGUCGAGGAUGUUUACCACCUCCCCGACUAUGUCAAGCGAUUUUUCUUCAACAAGGCUCCCUUGACUAGUGAAGGUUUCUUGCAUUGGGGAAGGGGGAGAUACUGCGCGACGUUCGAUGUGGAGACGGAGAACAUUACACUGAGUGAAGUCCCUCUUCCUCAUCAAGCUUACCUUGAACGCGACUAUUUUUAUCUGUCAACUGGGAGGUGUCUGUCGCUCCUGGUUGCGUGUGGGGAUCUGUCGUGGGAGGUUUGGGAGAUGAAGUCAGAGACAGGCGAGUGGAGGAAGGCACUGCCCAACGUCGAGUUGGGAGCUGAGAAAUGCAGGAUUCAACAGUUUUCUGAUCGAGCUCUUGAGCCACUUGGUUGGGUUAAAUAUCCACAGGUAUUGGCGUUAUAUUUUGGAGCUUAUUAUUCUGAAAAGCAAUGCCGGCAUUGCAUUUUCUACAAUCUUGAUACGCAUCAACUCGACUCCAUAGAACUACCACAUUCCUAUAGUAGAGAUUAUGAUGCUUUUCCGCAUAAGAAUAAUCUGAUAUGGCUAAGUUAAAAAGAGUAUUAGAAUUGUUAUUGUUUAUAUUUGGUUUAGUUAAAACAGUUCGUAUAUAUUAUUUGCAGAUAUUUUGAUGUUGGUUUAAUAUAUUGAAGGAUGAUAUAACUCUUUCUAGAGAAUAUUUAUGAUCACUUUGAAUGGAUUGUGACCUCACAAUCACAUUGCUAUUCCAUUGCAAA